AUGUCUACUGGUUCAUCAUCAAAUAUUAUUAUUCGUUUACAAAAUUUACCUAAUGAGGCACGUGCUAUUGAUAUUAGACGAUUCUUUACCGGUUUGAGUAUUCCAGAUGGUGGUGUACAUGUUGUCGGUGGUGAAAAAGGUGAUGCUUUUAUUAACUUUAGUUCGGAUGAUGAUGCUCGACAAGCUAUGAUGAAAUCGGGUAAUAUAUGUGGUAAUCCAAUAAAAUUAUUUUUAAGUAGUCGAUCAGAAAUGCAAACUGUUAUUGCACAAGCUCGUGCUACUCCAUCAACAAAAUCAUCAUCAUCAAAUGUUGUUGAACAAAAUUAUUCACCAAAUAUUAUUGAACAACAAGAUCAAAAUCUACCAAAAAUACCAUCAGCAAAUGCAAUUUCAUCCAUUCUUGCUGAAUUUCAAGCAAAAGCUGUUCAACAACAACAAUUACAUAUGCAACAACAAACACCAACAAUUGAUCCAACACAUGCAAUAUUAUUAGCUGCAGCACAAGGUGGAAAUAAUCCAUUAGCAAUUCAACAAUUAUUAGUAGCACUUAAUGAAAAACAUCAACAACAACAACAACAAUUUCCAUUUCAAAUGCCAAUGAUUACAAAUCCUAUGAAUCAAUAUCCUCAACAACCAAAUGGAUGGAUGGCACAACAAUAUUCAAAUGCUUUCCAACAACAACAACAACGUGCAACAAAUGCUGCUGCUCUCUUUCAACAACAAUCUUUAUAUGGAAACCAUAAUCAAGAUUCUUUAAAUUCAUUUCAAACAGCUGAUGAUCCUUAUAUACGUGUUCGAAAUAUUCCAAUAGCUUAUUCAUAUUAUAAUAUCAAACUGUUAUUUCCAAAAUAUAAAUUAAAUCUUGCCGAUAUAAAAAUAUUAAAUGAUCAAAAUGGUCAACGAACAGGUGAAAUUGUUCUUCGCCUACAUACAAAUAAAGAUGUAUCCGAUAUCUUAUCACAAGAUGGUCGUAUGCAAUGUUUUAAUUCAAUGUUAGAUAUAAAAAAAAUUGAUGAAUAUACAUUUGCAUCAGCUAUUGAUUCGUUUAUACCAGCUCAUAUUAAGAAAACACCUGGUGCCGCAAUCAAAAAUUGUAUACGUGUUACAGGUUUACCUAAAACAUAUGAACGUAAAGAUGUGAAACGUUUUUUUGCUGGUUGUAAUGUAACAAAUCGUCCCGGUGGAAUAUUUAUUGAAACUGAUACAAUGAAUGGACCAACAUUUGUUGAAUUUGAAACUGAAAUUGAUGCUGAAAAAGCAUUUUUUUAUAAUGGAGAACAAAUGGGUUCAUCAACAAUUGAUAUGUAUCGUAUGACAAAAUCUGAUAUGGAAAAUGAAAUUAAUUCAUUAAAACGUGCACCAGAUCGACCACAACGUCGACCACCAUUAUUAAAUUCUGAACCAACCAUGGGAAAUAAUCGUAAUGGUAAUUCUACACAUUUAUUACCAACACCACAAGCAACAUAUCAUCGUCAAAUAGAUACAUCAUUUCCAAUUCAAUCAAAUACGAAUCAAGAUACAGCAAUUAUUUGUUUACGUUUAAGAAAUAUACCUUAUUCAACAACAGAAAAACAAAUUCAUGAUUUUUUUACAAAUAUGUCAAUACAAGUUGAUAGCUGUAAAAUAUUACUUGAUCGAUUUAAUCGUGGUGCUGGUGAAGCUUUAGUUCGUUUUCAUGAUCCAAAAUCAUGUCAAAUGGCAUAUGAAACGAAAAAUCGACAAAUUUUCUAUGGACGAACAUUAGAUUUACGACCAUUAACAUUACAUGAAUUUCAAAAUGCAGCAUUAACACCAAUGUUAACAGCAAAUGAUUUACAAUCACCAGCAGCAAUAAAUCAACAUUUUCAACAACAACCAAAUGUUAAACGAUAUCCACCUUUCUAUGAAAGAGAUGAUGAUAGACGAAAUGAUAAAAGACCACGAUGGGAUGGAACUCAUAAUAAUAAUAAUAACAAAGAUGGAUAUGGAAUUACACGUAAUUCUCCACGAGUACUUAAAGAUGAACAAGGACAGGAUAUGAAAUCAAAUGAUGAUAAACAACCACUUAAUGAUCGACGUUCUUCAACACCACCUAUUUCAUCUCCAACAAAUUUACCACCAUUACCAAGUGAAUUAAAUGAAUAUAUUGGCCGUAUAUUAGUUUUAUCGAAUGUUACUUAUCGUGCAACACGUGAAGAAAUACUUGAUUUUCUUCGUCCAUAUUCUCCAAUACCGGAUACACUUAAAAUACGUUGUGAUAUUAAUGGUAAACCAACUGGUUUUGGUGUUGUUGCUUGUGAAACAAAAAAUGAUGCAUUACGAGCUGUUACUGAACUUAAUAAUCAAACAUUCAUGUUUCGUAAAAUCUAUCUUCAACAAAGAUAA